UCCAACCAUGACAGUCGGUUCUUUUGACAGCUGUGAUUCUUCAUGAACUCACAUGAUCGAAAUUUCGGAGGUCCUUUGCAUACUAAUUCAAAAAUAUCAAUAACAUCUUAUCAAUAUUCUUAAAUUAUCAUCGGAAUAAAUGAUUAUGAUUCAGGGAUUCAGGGACCGAAUGUUUUAUUCGAUUCAGUAGAUAAUUUAAUACGCGGACCUGUCGAGAAAUGGGAGGAAUAUCAACUGACGUGAAUAGAACUGAAUCUGUCACUUGUCGAUGACUUUCCCGAUGUCUGCUGGUGACUUUGAUUCGAGUGCAUUGACAGAUACGGAUAUGUGAACAUGACCGAGAGUGUCAAGAAGCGGAACAAUCUCAGUGUUAAGAAAUAAAGCAAUCACUCCCCAGAAAAGAACACAUUAAGCGUGACUUUUAACACAUUCCUCCGGAGUCGGCAUGAUAUUUUAUAGCAUGCACACCAAAACAACAUGAUGGAAACUAGUUUGAGGAAGGUGCUGAGGAGUGGUUGAUCAACGAGUUGAAAAGUUUGAGUUGUCCUUAAAAUUCGAGAACAUGUUGGGAUUCAAAUGUGACGCAUUGAGGAGCAGUAAACGACCUCAGUAUGUAGCAGCUAUUAUCGUGAAUCUAUCAGCGUUAUUCAGUGGAAUGCUUGGAGCCUGGCCCUCACCAAUGAUUUCUCAGCUAACGAGGGAAAAUCCGUCAGUGGGCACUGAACCAAUGACAGAGAACGAAAUUUCAUGGUUAUCUUCCAUCUCUUAUAUUUCAACAAUAUGUAUUCUUCCAUUUUACACAUGGUUAGCCGAGCGAUUCGGGAGGAAAACGAUGGGAUACUUUAUGGCACUAUCAGCAGCAGCAGGCUGGCUAUUCAUACUCUUCGCACAGAAUUUAUACCAUCUUCUGGUCUCUCGUUUGCUAACCGGACUCGUCCACGGAAUUUGUUUUUCUUCAGUACCAGUUUACGUUUCCGAGAUAGCAGAGGAAUCGAUCCGAGGACGACUGGGAAGUCUUCUCGGACUUGGUAUAAAUCUGGGCUUUCUCAUCACAUUCAUAUGCGGUGCCCUCUUAUCUUAUCACUCUUUUGCGAUUUAUGGGACAGUCGUGCCUUUGAUCUUCUUCGUAGCGUUCAUAUUUAUACCAGAGACCCCAAUCUAUCUGAUGAGGAAGGGAGAUGAUAAGCAAGCAGUUAGAUCUCUAAUGUGGCUGAGGAAUAACGACAAAGAGAUCGUUGAUCGUGAAAUGCUGCAGCUCGAAAAGGAUCUUAUAAAAAUGACCAACUCAAGUAAAUCUACUGGUUUGAUAGAUUUAUUCCGAGACCGUGGGACAAUAAAGGGAUUCAUCAUUUCUUUAGGACUGUUUGGUGGACAACAAACUUCGGGAUGUACAAUUGUGAUUAUGUACACAGCAAUGAUAUUUGAACUGGCCAAUAGUUCAUUAGCCCCGGCAUAUGCAGCGAUAGUUGUAGCCUCUAUUCAGCUUUUCGGAUCAUUGCUGGCACCUUUGGUAAUAGAUCGUAUCGGGCGAAGGGCUCUUAUCCUGCUAUCUUGCAGUGGGAUGGCGAUUUGUCACGUAUUAUUUUCUAUUUUCUUUCUACUGAAGAACAACAGCUACGAUAUUUCGUCAUUCUCGUUUGUCCCACUUGUUGCAUUGUCGGCUUACUCUAUUUUUUAUUGCAUGGGACUGGGUCCAGCUGCAUAUGUCGUUGCAACUGAAGUCUUGAAACCAGAUAUUGCUAGUCACGGUAUUUCCAUGUCGCUGGUGUUGGCGUUAAUCUGCGGCUUCGUUACCACCAAAUUCUUUCCAUUUAUAUCCAGUGAAUACGGCAGUCACGUAUCUUUUCUCAUUCUCACUUUAUUCUGUACUGCUACAUUUAUAUUCACAUUUUUGCUUGUACCUGAGACUAAAGGAAGAUCAAUGGUGUCAAUCUUCGAAGAACUGAAUGGAAAGAGAUGUGAUGGGAAUGGAUCUCUUGGAGAUGGAGAAGUGUAAUCACAUCCCUAUUUUGAAUGCAGCGACAACUUCCAGCUCCAGUCAGUGAAGAGUCCACUUGAAAAUUGAAAUAGUUCUCAUGAAAAUCGCGUACUAUUUGUGUGGCGCCUAGAGCUGUGCAGAGAAGGUACCAAAUAUAGAAAUCACGGGUAGAAUGAGAAUGGCAAACACUUCGCGUAUCUCCCUGACUGGAUGAGUCAAAUCACUCGUUGACCUUUCAUGCAACAUGAUAACAGUUGUUGGCUCAUCCCUUGAUGCUCUGGUUGGGGCUUCUAUUUCACGAAUUGUUCGGAGUAACUGCUCGUGCGCAACACUCCGGAAGGAUUGCCAAACGAUUGAACACCCGAAACGAGAACCCGAUGAUUGAACAUAGAGACGAAAUCGACAUUACACACUGGGUAGAAAGGGGAAUGCAUUUCGAUGGCUACCUCUGCAUUUCAUGGAUGCCCGAUCGAUCAGCUUUUUUUCUCUUUUUUUUUUGGGAUUCUUUUACGUUCGGAAUGAGGAAAACAUUCAACAGUUCUCGUUUUUCAAUUACUCCAAACCCUAAAUGUGAUGGGCGAAAAACUUUGACAUCUCGUUGCGGAAUCUGGAAUCGGUGGAGAUGCCCGUAUAUUACCCAACCAGCGGUUAUUGUCUGCAUGAAUUACCCCACUGAAUUUUACGGGAUAUUCGUUGAAAAGCUGUGGAUUCCAGCAGUUGCACCUCUUACAAGUAACAUGUAAAUGAAAAUUUUCGUAUAUCCGUCGGGGUGAGUGGAAUCCAGUGGUGGAUCAACCUGGAUGAGAUCCAAUUAAAAUCUCCUAGUGACAUCGUUAGUGGUGCAUGUAUCGUUUAAUAUACUCACGUGUAAACUGGAUUUCCAUCGCCUCCAUCCUUGAACCACAGGACCAUGUGAAGUGCAUCGUAUCCUGAUGGUGUUAUGUCACAGGGCCUCACCUCAAACGUCUAAUGGCCAACAGAACGCAACGAGCGAUAUCGCACAUGAUUUCGGAACCUCGAGGCUUGUUAUAUUUCACAUCGAGUUGUGGGAUCGAUUAAUUGGAUUCGCAACGGACACCGUACCACACAUUCUCUGUCUCCUGGAAAACCCGUCCAUCCGGAUAUAUCCGAUGGAGGUAUCAAGCGAAUUCUAGGGUACAAAGCUCGAGUGCUACUGCGAUCACAUCUGGGGCUUUCGACGCUAGUCCAUCCUCAUCGUUUACUGAACAUAAUUGAGAAGGACAGACGCAAAAUGGAAUGGAGAAGAACCGAGGACAAACGAGAUAGAGGUCUCAUUGCUGGAGUAGGCCAUAUGUCAGGAGGAAUUGUGCUUCGUGAGUCAUGAAAGUGUACAUUCUGCUACUAGUCGGUAAAGUGAUACCUUUCCGAAUGCGCAUGGAAGAUAUGGAAAAUGGGAUAGUUAAAUUAAUUAAAACACAGUUAAUGAACUGUAAUCACUAUUUCUUUAUUAAAUCGCAAGAGGAAGAAUACCGUCUGGACUCUAUCAAUAUCUCCAAGAGACUAAAGACUAGCCACAAAGACUAUAAGAACAUUCGUCACCAAAGAAAGAACCCUACAAUGAUUUCUUGUGAAACCAUUGUUUAUGUUUAUGCAAACUCUGAGGCGACUCCGUGGAGACCUCCAUAUCGAUUCAUUUUUGUAAUCAUCAUAAAUCAGAUCAAUAUAUUUCUAUGAAUUUUAACUUGA